AGCAACAGCUUCCUCUGAUUGUCCAAUCAGCAGCUUCCUCUGAUUGUCCAAUCAGCAUCUUCCUCUGAUUGUCCAAUCAGCAGCUUCCUCUGAUUGUCCAAUCAGCAGCUUCCUCUGAUUGUCCAAUCAGCAUCUUCCUCUGAUUGUCCAAUCAGCAUCUUCCUCUGAUGAUCCAAUCAGCAUCUUCCCCUGAUUAUCCAAUCAGCAGCCUCCUCUUCUCUGUGGGCUGCAGGGGCUGAUGGGAGCUUUGGUUCCUCUGCUAGAAACCACGUGGCCCUGGUCUGAUCUCUCAGCUCGUCCUUGUUUGGCCUCAGCUGCAUCAGAGCGCCACUUCUCCCCAGGUUCACCAGAGGAAACUCCACUGCACACAAUGCUUUUCCUCCCAGCUGCUGCUCUGUGCUGGCUGGGUUCAGCGCUGGCUGCCAUGGCAACACACCUGGUUCAGGACGAUUUAACUCUGACCAGGAGAACCGGGCAGAGCGUCUCCUUCAGCUGUGGAGGAACUGGGCAGUGUUAUUAUGAUGAUGAGACAUACUGGUACCAGAAGAAAGAAACAGAAACAUUUAAGAUCAUUUUUCGUUACCAUAGAAGUAGCUGUGCAAUUAUGAACAGGUACGAUCAUCCCCAGAAAAAUGAUUUCUUCUCUGAGAAAAUUCAGAACGGCUGUUCAUUGAAGAUUCAAAAUAUUAGAGAAGAUCAUUCAGCCUCCUACUACUGCGGCUGUUGGAAGUCUGAUUAUCUCUUUGGUUCUGGAACCAAACUGUUUGUAACUGGUGAUCCGGUAGUGAAGCCCAUGGUGAGCGUGUACCCAGCAGCAUCCAGCGCCCGGCGGGGCAGGAGGGGCUUCCUGCUGUGUCUGGCCUCAGGCAUGUUUCCUCCUGAGGUCAAGUUCUCCUGGAAAACACUGGAGGACGAUGGAGAGAAAGAUCUGACCUCUGGAGAGCAGCUGGAGCUCAGAGAGCCGAACCGCACCGCCUCCAUCUUACUGGUGGAUCGGGAUCUUCUCAGCACAUCUAGAUACCGCUGCUCUGUGCAGCAUGAGGGGGGCCCAGUGGAGGCCCCUACAACACAAGAGCUUCCAGCUGCAGCAGCUUCCUGUCCUCCACAGAAACCAGACCAGGCAGAACUGCAGCAACACGCCUUGUCCUUCCAGUCUCAGUGCCGGGUGAAGCUGCUCUGCCUGCUCUACUCAGUGCUGAUAGUGAAGAGUCUGGUGUACUGCAGUGGCCUCUCUCUGCUGAUGGUCCUCAGGAACAAGGGCCCGGACCCCAGAUGAAUCUCUGCUGCUGCUG